ACAAAAGCAACAAUCAUUGGCAGACGUUAAGCUUCGGCGGUUAGUCGACUUUAACCAAAGACUUCGAGAAGAUUUAGAUCGUCCUCGGGUACGUGUCAGCGAAGCAAGUAAUAGAAACACUAGAGAUUUCUUAGUACCAUCCGUCUGGGGGCCUGUUGAUAGACGCGACGAUCCCUAUGCGCCAUCUGGUGGUGUCGCAUCCUUCUGGAAAGGUGUUGCUCCUUCCUUUGUACAAACUUUAAAGAAAAUGGUGAGCCGUUGA